CAGAACCACAACAGAACCAGAACCACAGCUAGCCCUGUCUCUACUGCAGCCAGAACUCUCCGCAAGCAGAAGCUGAACAGUCGAACGUCACCGGGACGAUGAAGGUGUGUGUGCUGCAGUGUGGCCUGGUCCUGCUGGGCUUAGCUCUGGUUCUGUGCAGCAGCGGCGCCUCCUCUCAGCCGGAUCUGGACCUGGAUGUGGACCUGAGACACCGCAGACUUCUGCAAAGAGCUCGCGCCCUGGGCAUUGCUGCACAGGAAUGGAAGAAGAGGGAGAUGGAGGACCUGCUAUCCCAGCUCACCCUGCCCGAGUCUGAGUUCCAGGAAAGUGAGAUUUCUACACUGGGGUCUAAACAGGAUGUCCGAGUGGAAAUGGACCGUUCAGCCGAGAAUCCCAACAGCCUGCCCCCUCGAGAGAGAAAGGCAGGGUGCAAAAACUUCUACUGGAAAGGAUUCACUUCCUGCUGAGGCCCCACCCAUCCACCCACAUGACCUUAACCUGCCAGCUGAGUCCCUCCUCCUAAAAGCUCCGCCCCUACAAAAGACCAACGAGGUCAAAUCAUUAGUUGAUUGGCUGUGUCAGUAUCAGUCGACCAAAUGAAAUUGUAAUGUAACUUAAUUUAUGUUUAUGAAAUAAAGUGUAAUAUUUCAUUUGA